UUGCAACUCUCCCGCCUUUCUGGUUAGUUCCUAGCUGGAUCACUACAGAGUAACGCCUUUGUCUUUUUCGGUCGUUUGGAAUUUUUUAAUUCAACCAAAAUGAGGGAAAUUGUGCACCUCCAGGCAGGCCAGUGUGGAAAUCAGAUUGGUGCUAAGUUUUGGGAAGUCAUAAGCGACGAACAUGGCAUCGACCCAACCGGGUCAUACCACGGGGACAGCGACCUGCAGCUGGAUCGCAUCAACGUGUAUUACAACGAGGCUUCAGGUGGAAAGUAUGUCCCCCGGGCAGUGCUGGUGGACUUGGAGCCCGGCACCAUGGACUCGGUGAGGUCCGGUCCCUUUGGCCAGAUCUUUAGACCAGACAACUUUGUCUUUGGCCAGAGCGGAGCUGGUAAUAACUGGGCUAAGGGUCACUACACUGAGGGAGCCGAGCUGGUGGACUCGGUCCUGGAUGUCGUGAGGAAGGAGGCGGAGGGCUGCGACUGCCUGCAGGGCUUCCAGCUCACACACUCCCUGGGUGGAGGGACCGGUUCAGGCAUGGGCACGCUGAUGAUCAGCAAAAUCCGAGAGGAGUUUCCAGACCGCAUCAUGAACACUUUCAGCGUGGUGCCUUCGCCUAAGGUUUCAGACACAGUGGUGGAGCCGUACAACGCCACCCUCUCGGUCCACCAGCUGGUGGAGAACACAGAUGAGACCUUCUGCAUUGAUAAUGAGGCGCUGUAUGACAUCUGCUUCCGCACACUGAAGCUCACCACGCCAUCCUACGGAGACCUCAACCACCUCGUCUCAGCCACCAUGAGCGGGGUGACCACCUGUCUGCGCUUCCCCGGCCAGCUCAAUGCUGAUCUGAGGAAACUGGCCGUCAACAUGGUGCCCUUCCCCAGACUGCACUUCUUCAUGCCCGGCUUCGCCCCCCUGACCAGCCGAGGCAGCCAGCAGUACAGGUCGUUGACGGUUCCUGAGCUCACCCAGCAGAUGUUCGACUCCAAGAACAUGAUGGCAGCCUGCGACCCGCGCCACGGCCGCUACCUCACAGUCGCCGCCAUCUUCAGAGGCCCCAUGUCCAUGAAGGAAGUGGACGAGCAGAUGCUGAAUGUGCAGAACAAGAACAGCAGCUACUUCGUGGAGUGGAUCCCGAACAACGUGAAGACUGCCGUCUGCGACAUUCCUCCACGGGGCCUCAAGAUGGCCGCCACCUUCAUCGGCAACAGCACGGCCAUCCAGGAGCUGUUCAAGCGCAUCUCAGAGCAGUUCACCGCCAUGUUCCGCCGCAAGGCCUUCCUCCACUGGUACACCGGCGAGGGCAUGGAUGAGAUGGAGUUCACAGAGGCUGAGAGCAACAUGAACGACCUGGUGUCUGAGUACCAGCAGUACCAGGACGCCACCACUGAGGAGGAGGGCGAGUUUGAAGGCGAAGAGGAGCUGGCCUAGACGCUCAGCCCAACGUUGUCUCUCCCUAUGCAACAGUUAGUUGGGGGCUCGGACCGUAUGCUAGAAACGCAUCAUUGUAGAAUUAUUGACAAUUGGCUUUUAAUCAAUACAACUACAGUUUUAAAGAAUCCCACAGUAAUUCCUCUGAAUGUCGCCCAGUGAUAGCAGUUCUUGUCCAUCUUUCCUUUUUUCAUAAAUUGUUACUGUUUUUUCCUGAUUUUUUUUUCUUCCUUCCUGCUUUGGAUAUGAAUGUUUUUAUCUUGUCUUGUGUCUUCUGUUUUUCAUGGUUUAUUUGUUAUAAAAUAGAACGUAACUGAACAGUUCAAAACACUUAUCGCUGAACUUAACUAAUGCUGUUCGAUAUGGUGCUUAAUUAUUUUUGCUAAACAGCUUACACUGAAAGCUAUAAAUCGUUUCAUUCAUUGUUCAAAUAUUCUUAGUGUGCGUGUACUUGGAUGUAAUAACAUAAAAUGUGAAGAUGGAUUUGAAUAAAAUAAUUAUGAUUUGAUGCUA